GAAAAAAGCUCUUGGCCCAAGGGCCCCAUGCUUGAGCCACAUCGACGUCCCCUUGCUCUACGGUUUAAACUCCCCGCUCAUCGAUGGGAAACCACCCUGGCCAGGUCUGGCUUGGUGGCUGUCGAUCACUUGCUGGAGACCUAUCCCGGGCGAGCUCUAGCAGAGCCCAAGGCAGGCCAUCCUCCGUGCCAGGCUUGUCUUACACCUGCCUGUAUCUCCAUGUUGGGGUUGGACCAAGGGAGGAGUCUGGAUACGCCAUCCCCCUUGCCUCUGUUAUUUCGUUCUCCUUCUUCCAGACAUACCCAUCCCCUUGGCACCCAGCCAGUAAUUGGCAUCCACCCAAUAUUCCCCCUGGAUUCCCUUCGGCCACGCAGAAGUUGCAGAGCAUUGCCCCUUUUUAACCAGAGUGGCCUUCCUGCCUCGUGGCUUUUCUGUUAGUCUCCUCUCAUUCCCAAGCUGUCGGACCGCCUACUCCUGGUCAUUCCAGAAGCAUCGCGUGGCCUUCCUAGAAUAACCCGCCCGGUCAUCUUGCCGAUCAACAUCCGACCGAUGGUUGCUUUCUGAAUUUUUACUUUCGCUUCCACUCAACCCUUAUCCGAGAUACCCCCUUGGCUCCUCUUGUUGAUCUUUUUCGGGUUUUGGCGCCGUCGUUCACACCCCUCCUCCUCCCUUGCCUUGUACACACAAUAGGGCAAUAAGGACAGGUGAAGGGGAACAUGUCUUCCAACGGGGACAAGGAGCCCAAGGAGCAGGUGCUCGACGCGAGCCAGUCUCCCGUCGACGGCAAGCCCUCCGGCCAAGGAGCCGCCGCCUCCGAGGUCGAUGGGGCGUGGAAGUACCUCGAUGCCCACCGCGGUGCCGACUCCCAUGAGGGAGUCGACCUGGCGGCUCUCCGCCGCCGCAUCGACUGGCGCAUCGUGCCCCUGAUGUUCUGCUGUUACACCAUGCAGUUCCUCGACAAGGUCAUCCUCAAUUACGCCGCCGUCAUGGGUAUCCAAAAAGACCUCAAACUUGUUGGCAACGACUUUUCCAACAUUGCAACCUUCCUCUUCGUUGGCCUGCUGUGUUUCGAGAUCCCCAACAUCUACUUCCUGCAGUUUUUCCCCGCUGCCAAAUGGCUUGGUGCCAACGUCAUCUUCUGGGGCACCGCCACCGCCUGCGGUGCCGCUGCCUUCAACUACCAGACCCUGCUGGUGUCGCGCAUCUUCCUGGGCAUGUUUGAGGCCACCAUCGCGCCCUCGCUCAUGCUCAUCAGCAGCCAGUGGUACACCAAGUCCGAGCAGGCCCCCCGCUUCUCCUUCUGGUACUCGGGCCUGGGCCUGGGCCAGAUCGUCGGCGGCGCCGUCUCCUACGGCUUCCAGCACGUCGACCCCAACGGCCCCACGCUGACGGGCUGGCGCGCCAUGUUUGUGGCCCUGGGCUGCAUCACCGUCGCCAUCGGCCUCUUCACCUUCUUCUUCCUCCCCGACACCCCCAUGCAGGCCACCUGGCUCUCCGACGGCGAGAAGGUCGCGCUCCUCAAGCACGUCAGCGUGAACCAGACCGGCAUCCAGAGCCGCCAGUUCCGCCCCAGGGAGAUCCUCGAGGCCCUCAUGGACCCGCAGCUGUACCUCAUGCUGCUGUCGGUUAUUCUGCUCUCCGUUUCGAGCGGUGUUAUCACCACCUACUCGGCCACGCUCAUCCGCAACCUUGGUUAUGAUCCCAAGACGGCUGCUCUGAUGAACAUGCCCUCGGGUGUUGUCAGCAUCUUCUUCACGCUUCUGGUCGGAUAUGGUAUUCGCCACCAGUCGCACCGUUGGGCUUGGAUCAUCGGCUGCAUCAUCCCUGCGGUCACCGGUGGCGCCCUCAUGUCGUUCCUGCCCACGAGCAACCGCUCGGGCAUCCUGGCCGGCAUCUACCUCGUCAACGCCGUGGUCGCCCCCUUGGCCAUCUUCUACGCCUGGACCGCCGCCAACUUCGGCGGCGCCACAAAGCGCGCCUUCGCGGCCGCCGUCAUCAGCGGCUCCUUCUCGCUCGGCAACAUCAUCGGUCCGCAGACGUUCCAGGCCAAGGACGCGCCGGACUACCGCCCCGCCAAGCUGGCCGUCAUGGGCACGCAGGCCGGCUGCGCCCUCACCACCUUCUGCCUGUUCCUCUACUACGUCUGGCAGAACAAGAAGCGCAACAGCUCCGAGUCCGAGACCGAGGACGCCUUUAUGGAGCCCGAGAUCUGGGCCCGCAUGACCGACAAGGAGAACAAGCGGUUCCGCUACACCUACUAAGGUGGUGUGUGUAUGCUUGACAAAAGUCUUUUUUUGGGUGGCUUGAAUUGUUUUCGGAGGAGAGAUUGAUAUAGCAAAUGUGGUACUUAUUCGUUUAAUCGCGCAUGCAACUCCCGUUGUCCAGCAACAGACUGGGCAGCCUGCUUGUAUAUACCAUUUAGUCAGGAUCGGUAGAGUAGCUACGUCUUCAAAGCCAAGGGUUGCCAGGCAAAAGCCCGGCCUUCCUCUCAUUUACAUUGUGGAAACCUAGA